AUGGUGUACCGUGGGCGGCCAUCAACAGGCUGCAAGAAGUGCCGCGAAAGAAAAAUCAAAUGCGACGAGCGUCCAGGUGGUUGCGUAAAAUGCUUUGAACGAAAAUUCGAAUGCCCUGGAUACGAUCGAACUGUCGACGCUUUCUUUCACGAUGAAACCGCGCAAACUCAGGCGAAGGCGAAAAAGUCAAAGGCAAAGGCCAUUGCGGCGCGUGAUGCACGAGAUACCAGAGAUCUCCGAGAGGCAUAUCUACAGAUUAUGGCCAAACAAUGUCCAGGAACGGCCAUCACAGCGCCGCUCAUUGACCAGGGUAUAUCUUUCUUCAUGUCCUACUACUGCACGGGUGUGGAUCAGCCAUCGAUACAGUCAAUGGAGUACCAGCAACACCUAUCCACACACGGCUUCCAUCCGCUCGUCGCAACAUCAAUGACAGCCUUGGGUAUCGCUGGCGUAGCCAACCUUUACAUGGACUCUCGUCUCAAAAGCGAAGCGACACGUUGGUACCUCGAAGCUAUCAAAAUGGCCAAUGCAGCAAUUUCUUCGCCUGAAGACGUAACGGCCGAUAGUACCCUCACCUCAGUCAACCUCCUGAGCAUGUUCGAAGCAACGUUCAAUGACAACUCCCUAGCUGGAUGGAGUAAUCAUGUGGAUGGCGCUGCCUCCCUAAUCAAAAUGCGGGGCAUGGGCCAAUUUUCGACUCCAGCGGGACAGAGAAUGUAUCUCCAUACCAUUGGUUUGCUGACGAUGAACUGCAUGGGAAAAGGUGUUCCACUUCCUCAGUAUGUUCACGAUCUGAACACCGAAGUUAUAAAGCACCUAGAUACCGAGGAUCCUAGAAACCGGUUCUUCUUUCUUCACAUCAAGACCAUUGACCUAAGAGCGCGGAUUCUGAACCAAGAAGCGUUCUCAUUGAUGGACAUCAUAGAUUCGGCACUAGAGCUUGACGAGGUUGCGAUCAACAUUUUCAAAGAUCAAGGUCCAGACUGGGACUAUGAUGUAGUGCCUUGCGAGGAACAAGAGUGCUGCUAUGAGAACUUCUACCAUAUUUACCCAACCGCAACAGCAGCACAAACCUGGAACUGGGUGCGUUACAAUAGGAUCUAUUUCCACGACAUUAUCCGAAAUUGCAUAUUAGCAGACUUCACCUCGACUCCGCCCACGCUUGUCAGCACCAAGUAUCAUCAGCAAUUAGAAACAAGCGCUCGCACUCUAUACCAGCUACAAUCUGACAUCAUAGCAAGCAUGCCUCAAUUCUUGCACGACGUCCCUGAUGAAGCGCCGAGCAGAGUAGCCAGCCCGACAAAUAGUGAACCGACUCCGCCAGGUGCGUCGGGGCGAGGCAAACCAUGGCCUACAGUCGCUAGUACAACCUCAAGAUCUCCUUAUCGUAUAGCACUUAAAUCCCUUGAUGGGAACUUUCGAGGCAACACGCACAAUCUCGUCAAAGCGCUGAUCGGAAACGGAUCAGUAAAAGAUCGACUUCCCAUCGUGCGGGUUGCAGGAGGCUACAGCACUGUAUGGGCACUCUAUGUGGCUGCCGCCAUGCCGUUAGCCUCGCCAAGAAGCCAAGACUUCGUAGACAAUUGUAUGACACGAAUCGAGCACGAAUUUGGCAUCAACCAGGCUCGAGUGCUAUCAAACGCCCUGAAACUCAAACGUCAUCUCGCUAGCAAAGGCGCCAUUGCUUUCGGUAUAUGCCCGCAAUACUUACCACCGGACGACGGAGUUUAUGUUCCGCAACAGGAUCUAUACAAUAAGGUGGGUCAGAAGGUUCCCGAGGUCCUGAUGGAGGCAUCCUUCCAGGCUACUUUUCCAACUGUGGCAGAGAUUCUUUCAGGGCCUAAAUACUAG